AUGCCGAAGAACAAGGGAAAGGGAGGGAAGAACAGGAAGAGAGGAAAGAACGAGGCCGAUGACGAGAAGCGAGAGCUUGUGUUCAAGGAGGACGGCCAAGAGUACGCUCAGGUUCUUCGUAUGCUAGGCAAUGGCCGUUGUGAAGCUACGUGCAUCGACGGAACCAAACGGUUAUGCCACAUCCGUGGAAAGAUGCACAAGAAAGUUUGGAUUGCCGCCGGCGAUAUCAUCCUCGUCGGACUCCGUGACUACCAGGACGAUAAGGCUGACGUGAUCCUGAAGUACAUGCCUGAUGAGGCUAGGCUGUUGAAGGCGUAUGGGGAGUUGCCAGAUAACACUAGGCUCAACGAAGGUAUUGCAGGCCUUGAUGAGGAGGAUGAUGGUGCUGGUGAUGAUUACAUCGAGUUCGAGGACGAGGACAUCGAUAAAAUCUAGGGUUUGUGAACUUGAACUCUGUUUAAGGGCUUUGGCCUAAAUUAAAUUUGCUGUGUUUUUAAUUUCAUUGAAGUAGGGAGAAAAUUAUAUCUAAUGUUUGAACUUUGAAGUGCAUGAAGGUUUACACACAAAAAUUUAUGCACGAGGUUUAUGCUUUGAUGGAAUGGAUGCAAUAAUAGAGCUACCUUUUAAUU